GCUGCUCGUGCUGGGACGGGAGGGAAGCUUCAAGUUGUUGCAACACCAGACAACACGAUUAGUACCAUAUAUGAUUAGUACCACACGAUCAGGAGGUACCACACCGUUAGUACAACACGGCACCUACACGGACCUCCUACCUAGGUAUACCUACCUACCGGCUACACCCACCUGCUCCUGAUUUGCCUCCUCCGGUGCUCUGCCUUGGUCCGUCUCCCGCUGGCCCCUCGCCCAGCCGACAUCCAGUUCCCUGUCCUCGAAGAACACACACGUACACAUACCUACAACUGCUGGGAACAGCAAGAGGAAGAAAGCAAAAGAAAAGAAUACUGCCCUGCCCGCGCCUCCACCCACCAUGGCCGACGAUAUCCCCAUCAUCGAUGCCCACAUCCACCUCUACCCCGAGUCCGAGCUCGAAACCCUAGCCUGGUGCAAGCCCGAGAGCCCAUUGGCCAAGCAGCACUCGCUAGAGGAGUACCGCGCUGCCACCGCCGGCGCCACCCCCCAGGGCUUCAUCUUCCUGGAGACGGACCGGAAGAACGACCUCGAGGCCGGCGAGAAGGAUGGCAGCGGCUGGAAGUACCCGCUGAUGGAGGUCGCGUGGCUGCGGCGCAUCGCCACGGGGCAGCCGAAGCCGGGCGAGGGCCACAGCGCCGCCGACAGCGAGCUGUGCCUCGCGUACAUCCCGUGGGCCCCGCUUCCGAGCGGCGCCGCCGCCGUGGAGCGGUACAUCGACCUCGUAAAGGAGGAGGCCGGCGAUAGCUGGCCCAAGGUCAGGGGGUUCCGGUACCUGGUGCAGGACAAGCCUAACGGGACUAUGACCGCGGACGGCUUCAUCGAGAGCCUCAAGCUGCUCGGCCGCCGGGGCUUCGUCUUCGACCUGGGCGUCGACCAGCACAACCGCGGCAGGAUCCAGCUCGAGGAGGCCGUCGAGAUGAUUGACCGCGCUCACGACGGCGUGCCCGAGGACGAAAAGGUCACCUUUAUAAUCAACCACAUGUGCAAGCCAGACCUCAGCAUCUACAACGUGCAGACGAGCCCGUCGUUCAUCGCGUGGCGGACGGCGAUGUUCACGCUGAGCAAGUGUAGCCGGACGUACAUGAAGCUGUCGGGGGGGUUCUCGGAGAUGCCCGAGACGCUGCGGCGGCGGUCGACCGAGGACAUCUUCGACGCCAUCAGCCCGUGGCUCUCCGUCCUACUCGCCGCCUUCGGCCCCGGCCGCAUCAUGUUCGCCAGCGACUGGCCCGUCUGCACCGUCGGCGUGCCCGGCCCCGAGGCCGAGGCGGAAGCCGGGGGCGAUGGGGCGGCGGCGGCGGAAGCGGAGGGCAAGGGAGAGGCUGGAGCCUGGCUCAAGUGGAAGAAGAUCGUGGACCGCCUCUGCUGGAUGGCCUCCUUCGACGACGAGACCAAGAAGAUGAUCUGGGGCGGUACCGCUCUGAAGGCCUACGGCAUCGAGGCCUGAUUCUCUCCCCCGCUUAAUUUUUGGUGUGGUUGGUUGCCCUGGUCAGGCUCUCUAUACGUAGCGAGACCUAGCGCGGUCGAUGGCAGCAGCAGUGAUGGUGGGAUGGACCGAAGUUGGCAAGACAAUACAAGGUUGAUACCAUAUUCCUAUGUAGAUAGGCAACUGAAGAAACCAAUUAUAAUAAAAUUGAAGCCGCAAAGAGACACGCUGAGAAAAUUGUCCCG